CAUUCUUUUCCCCGAACGAGCAUCUGUCAUGCUCGCUUCGCUCGUCAACGCCGUCACCAACGUCGAUGGGAAGACGUGUCUCGUCGCCGUGCCUGUUCUCCUCGUACUCGCCCAUGUAAUCCCUUGGCUUGUUGACGUUCACGGGAUACGUUCGUAUCCUGGACCUUUCUGGGCCCGGUUUACAGAUCUUUGGCUCGGUUGGGUAGCGGCCCAAGGUCAUCGGUCGGAGGUUGUGCAUGAGAUGCAUAACAAGUACGGCCCAAUCGUCCGCAUAGCACCCAACCAUAUCUCCAUCUCCGACCCAGAAGCUCUGCAGAUUGUCUAUGCGCACGGCAACGGCUCGCUCAAAUCCAACUUUUACGACGCCUUCGUCUCAAUCCACCGUGGUCUCUUCAACACUCGAGACCGCGCAGCCCAUGCCCGCAAGCGUAAGAUCGUCUCACACAUAUUCUCCCAGAAAAACGUGCUCGAGUUCGAGCCGCACGUGAGGGAGUAUGUGAAGUCUCUUAUCGCUCAGUGGGACAGGCUUUACGACCUUGCCGUCAAUGGCGAGAGUGGCACCGAAGGUGAGGGUGGAUGGGUAGGGAGAGAAGGAAGGCUGUGGUUGGAUUGUUUGCCAUGGUAUAAUUACCUUGCAUUCGAUAUUAUCGGUGAUCUGGCCUUUGGAAGUCCCUUCGGAAUGUUGCAAGCUGCAAAAGACUCGGCUCCCGUUGCCAAGUCAGCAAAGGACGCAAUUGCCGCCUAUGGUCAAGACGAGGCGAAGGUCGAAGUCGUACACAUCCCUGCGGUCCAAAUUCUCAACGACCGUGGCGAGUUUUCCGCCUCGAUGGGCGUCUUGCCGCCUUGGUUGCGUCCCUACGUCAAACGUUACAUUCCCUGGUUCAGCAAAGGCGAUCAGGCAGUAAAGAACCUCGCAGGUUUGGCCAUCGCCGCCGUUUCUAAAAGGUUGAACCAGCCGACGUAUCGUGUCGACCUUCUCAGCAAACUCCAGGAAGGAAAAGACGACGAAGGACGUCCUAUGGGGAGGGAAGAGUUGACCGCCGAGGCACUGACACAACUUAUUGCGGGUAGCGAUACGACUUCGAACACCUCAUGUGCCAUCACUUACUACCUCGCUGCAAACCCCGCCGUUCAAGAAAAACUACAUGUCGAACUUGAUGCUGCUCUUGGUAACGAAGACGAUCCCGCAUCAACCUUUGAACAGACCAAGAAUCUGAAGUAUCUCCAGGCCGUCAUCGACGAGUCCAUCCGUCUGCACUCCACCUCCGGUAUCGGCCUGCCUCGCAUAGCCCCUGAAGGUGGUUUGACGGUGUGCGGCAAGUAUUUCCCUGAGGGAACUAUCCUGAGUGUACCGAGCUACACGAUCCACAGGGAUGUCGACGUCUGGGGGUAUGACGUGGAGGCAUUCAGACCGGAGAGGUGGUUCGAGAGGGACGCAGAGAUGAUACAGAAAGCCUAUAAUCCAUUUUCGUUUGGACCGCGUGCUUGCGUCGGCCGAAACCUCGCAAGUAUGGAACUCCUCAUUAUUAUCUCGUCCAUCUUGCGUCGAUACGACUUUGUUCUCGAGGACCCGACAAAGCCGUUCGCAACAAAAGAGGGCUUCCUCAGGAAGCCCGUGGACUGCAAGAUUGGAAUCAAGAGGAGGAACCUAUGAUUACGCUGUCCCCUAGUACGACCGUGAUGUCAUUCGCCUCGACCGCUUAUACUUGGUACAGGCCGUCUUUGGAGACUUCCCUGCAUAGGAUGAGAGAAAUCUUCUAUCUUCGUUCGGAUUCGUCGGUCGACAUUUUGUAUCUAAACUUGUACAGAGUUGCAUCGCUAUGCCCCUUCUUUCUUCUUUUCGUUCGAGGAAUGGCCGCCUUGGUUCUUCAAUCUUGUCACAAUGAUGCAAACCAUCCAUUCG